UCUUAACCUCUUCUCAUAAUCCAAUCGAUACUGCAGCAAAAGAAAUUUAAAACUCAUAAUCCUUGCCUAACCCUAAUCCUAUUUGCUCUUAGAAUUUACAGUAGUUAUAAAUGACUGCAUUUUCAACUAAUUCAAUUUCUAAUCAAUUUUAGUUGAGGAGCUGAUUGGAUUGAAAAGAAAUGUGCUGAUUUUGAGAAGUUAAAUUUGUGUGAAAGCAAUGGCAGCGUCGUCAUCAUGUGUGAAGUGGCAUAUGUGGAGAAGCUGUGUUGAAGAGAAACCCCUUUCCACUCCAACAAAGAAGAAGUUAUCCCAAGGGAGCUGUAAAGUUGUCAACUUCCAUUCUCGAAGAACCUGCAGCUUUGGACUCUCGUAUUUGAAAGCUAGUCCUUAUUGUAUUAGGGAUACGUCAUUGAGGCUAAGUUGCUUGGGAUCUUUGGUUGACCUUGACGGUGUUACAGCAUCCGAUUUUGUUGCUAUUAGUGACCAGUUGCUUUUGAUGACCACUGUGGUGCUUACGUACAUGGCAGGAGUCAUUCCUGUUAAGAAAUCUAAUGUCACUUCUUCGGGGAAUUUUUUGGAUGACAACUUAGACCGCGAAAGUGCAACGUCUUCUGGUAGUGCUAAGAAGAAUGACGAUCAUGUUAAUUCAAAGUAUGCAUGGGAUGCAGUAAAGGAAAAGCUUCUUGAUUCGCUUGAUACUAUAAAAAACAAGAACAAGCUAGGAAACAAAUUGCUUGAAAUUGAGCAGCAACAAGCCAAGCGACCACUAAGUUUGUCUGCUGUAUCCGAUGGUCCCAACUUGCGGCUGCUCUGGGCUUCUUUUAAGCAGCUCGAGGAUGAGGUGAAUAGUGUUUUAGGCAAUUGUGAGGCUCUUGAUUUGGACGAUUGGUUGACUAUUUUUCCUGAUAUUAUUCAAAAAUCCUGUGACCGUUUAUGCAUGUCUUGGCUAUUAGAGGAACUUCACCUUGAAAAUAAGAAACCAGAUGAGGGAAUUGUCUCUUUGAUGAUUCAGAAGUUUAAAGGAGAUGAAACUGUUCUGCAGAAUAUAAGAAAGUCAGGCAAGGAAGAUCUUUAUGCUGAAUUAUUAUACUUUCUCAGAUUUGGGUCUUUCAGUAGGAAGAGCAGUUGCUUUGAUCAGAGCUUGUUUUCUUCACAUGGAGAGUCCAUAUUGGAAGAUUUGGUGAUUACUUUAGCAGAUGGCGUAGCCAGUGCUUAUUUGGAGCUUAUUUCUGUAGAUGGAAAUUUGUCAAAUGAAAUGAAUGACCUGGGGAUUGUUAUGUGUAAUCUAUCAACUCGAGAACUCCAAAGAUUGCGCAAUGAGGUGUCUUUGAAUCAAUGGUUGUAUCAAAAUGUGGAGGCAAUUGUAUCAAUGUAUGAGGAUCGAUUUGACCUACGCACUCUGAAGUCCAAAGUCAUUACAGAACCAAGCCAGACUGAGACUGAAGAAAAUUCUAGUUGGUGGAAGAAACUUACACAGAGACAAUCUAGAAGGUUGUCUUUAUCAUUAUCCUAUGUCGUCAUAAGCCAGUUCUCAAUGCCUGUUAAACGGACCAAGGAACUAAGGGCAUUGACAGGGUGGAGAUAUUAUUUCAGUCUAUACCUGGAGUUAUCUGAUAUAGGCAUGCCAUUGGUUAGAGGUGUGAUCAACAAAGUAAGCAGUGGGAUAUCGUUCUUUCUAGUAUCCUUGAUUGGGAGGUCAUUAGGUCUGAUUUACACCGGAAUUAGGCAGUCUCUGCGAUGGAAGUGAUAUUAAAAAUCACGAUGGAAGUGAGAUAUUAAGGAAUCUUGUUUCUACUUUUGGUUCCGGUAUAAUUUUGUUUCUUCUGCUUGAUUUAACAGCAGCUACACAUUAACUUCCAACAUCCAUUCUUUUUUGAGCUGCUUGCAGCAUCUGCUAAAUCUUUUUUUUGAAUAAAUAUCAGUAGCUGCGUCAUCGGCUGGAAUUA